UUUUGAACCCAUUCAAAAGGUCGAGGCGUUUCAAGAUCCAGUUUCUCGUUAGAUUCACCAGAUAGAUAUUGAAGAAUGGCGGACGGUGAAGACAUUCAACCGCUUGUAUGUGAUAAUGGAACCGGAAUGGUUAAGGCUGGAUUCGCGGGUGACGAUGCGCCAAGAGCGGUUUUCCCGAGCAUUGUAGGCCGUCCACGCCACACGGGUGUGAUGGUUGGGAUGGGACAAAAGGAUGCUUAUGUUGGAGACGAGGCUCAGUCAAAACGUGGUAUCUUGACUCUCAAGUACCCAAUUGAGCAUGGAAUUGUUAACAAUUGGGAUGACAUGGAGAAGAUUUGGCAUCACACUUUCUACAAUGAGCUUCGUGUUGCCCCUGAAGAACACCCGGUUCUCUUAACCGAAGCUCCUCUCAACCCGAAAGCUAACCGUGAGAAGAUGACUCAGAUCAUGUUUGAGACGUUCAACACUCCUGCUAUGUAUGUUGCCAUUCAAGCUGUUCUCUCACUCUAUGCCAGUGGUCGUACAACUGGUAUUGUUUUGGACUCUGGAGAUGGUGUGAGCCACACGGUACCAAUCUACGAGGGUUACGCUCUUCCACACGCAAUCCUACGUCUUGAUCUAGCAGGUCGUGACCUCACGGACUACCUCAUGAAAAUCCUAACAGAGCGUGGAUACUCCUUCACCACAACUGCUGAGCGUGAAAUCGUAAGAGACAUGAAAGAGAAGCUCUCUUACAUUGCUCUAGACUACGAGCAAGAGCUAGAGACAUCCAAGACAAGCUCGUCCGUGGAGAAAAGCUUCGAGCUUCCCGACGGACAAGUGAUAACCAUUGGAGCAGAGCGUUUCCGUUGCCCUGAAGUUCUUUUCCAGCCGUCGAUGAUCGGAAUGGAAAAUCCAGGAAUCCAUGAAACCACAUAUAACUCUAUCAUGAAAUGUGAUGUGGAUAUUAGGAAAGAUUUGUAUGGAAACAUUGUGCUAAGUGGUGGAACCACAAUGUUUGGUGGGAUUGGUGAUAGAAUGAGCAAAGAGAUCACGGCUUUGGCUCCGAGUAGUAUGAAGAUCAAGGUCGUAGCUCCACCUGAGAGGAAGUACAGUGUGUGGAUCGGUGGCUCUAUAUUGGCUUCACUCAGCACUUUCCAGCAGAUGUGGAUUGCAAAAGCAGAGUAUGAUGAAUCUGGACCAUCAAUUGUGCAUAGGAAGUGCUUCUAAUCACAAUUUCAUGGAAUCACCAAAAUUUGAGUAUUUUUUUUUUUUUUGCAUUUUUUUUUCAACAUAUUUCUUCACUCAAAUUGUUUCUUUGUAAUU